CGUGCAAGUGACAAAAGCGAAACGCGAUAUUCUGACAACAUGGCGAUCGCGGACUAUAAGACCUAUCUGGCGGAGAAUGUUCUCAAUGAGCAGCGCACGGUCACUUAUCGCUCGCUGGGUCGAGCUUUCCGUGUGCAUAGCACGUUAGCGAAGCAAAUGCUGUACGACUUUCACCACAAUGAGAACAACAAGAAACCCAACAGCGUCAAUGCGACGUAUAUCCUCACGGGAGUUCAGAAGGCGCCCGAGCCAGCAACCUCCGCGAAUGGUUUCCAGUCCAGCGCCGAUACAGACGAUAUCCCCCCUAGCAGCCCCUACAUAAGCAGCUCGAUGCCGAACCAGGAUGGCGAUGCAGACGAAGUCGCGAUCUCCUCGAUACUGCUUGUGCGCGAGGAAGAUCUGGAGGAUGCCAAAGCAACGUUCCAGUCUAUCGCCUCGAUAUAUGUCUACAGUUUACAGCCUACUGUGCUGCAGGAUCUCAAUGUCUUGACGGAUGUGGCCCGGGAGACACUGGCCAACCAUGCGCAGGAAGACCCGCUGGAGCACGGGUUAUCCUGGGGCAUGAUUCAGAACAAGAACGUCAAGAGGAGAACUGGCGUUCGACCACCGGUACCUGCACCUGCACCUGCACCCGCCAAAACGGCUGCACUAGCGAAGAAGCCCACGGCAAGUGAAGCGCCAAAGCCGCCCAAGACGGAAACCAAGGAGGAGGAACCCAAGUCUCAGCAGUCGCUAAAAAGGGAGGAUUCCGUCUCAUCGACUAGGUCGACGGAGAAGACGGCGCCGGUCAAGAAGGAGAAGAGUAGCAUAUUCAGUUCGUUUGCCAAGGCCAAAGCGAAGCCCAAGAAGGUGGAUGAGCCAACUCCCGCUUCUUCUGGCGUUGAUACGGCCGAACCUAGCGCCUCUGAAGAUGUUGUUCUGGACGACGCAUCCGAGGACGAGCCUGACGAACUAUUCCCUGACUCGGGCAAGUCUGCUUCUACCAGCACGCGGGAGACUCGGAAAGAGCGGGAGGAGAGGCUUCGGAAGAUGAUGGAGGAUGAUGAUGAGGAAGAAGAUGAAGAAAUGCCUGAUGCCGCGCCGUCGCCCGAAGAGGAGUCCAAUGUCAUCGACCAACCACCUCCUAGAGCGGCCGAACCCAAGGAAGAGGUGAUUGUCCACGCAGGCCGUCGACGAGGCAGGCGCCAGGUGAUGAAGAAGAAGACGGUCAAGGAUGAAGAGGGCUACCUCGUCACCGUCGAAGAGCCGAGCUGGGAGUCAUUUUCGGAGGAUGAACCAGCACCGCCGCCCAAGAAGAAGCCGGCCGUAAGUGCGCCCAAGGGGAAAGCCGGGCCUAAAGCUGGUCAGGGCAGCAUCAUGUCGUUCUUUGCAAAGAAAUAGCGAGGCAGUGGUGGAGGCGAGGGUGGUGGCAUGAUACAAGAACGGAGCGGUGUUUACACUGUACAACGUAGAGAUCUCUAUCAGACAACUAGAUACCGAUCUAUCGCA